AUGGCGCCCGCAGAGAAGGAAAAAGACAAGUCCAAGGUGCACAAGCUGUCGCUCAAGGGUAGUGCAAAGCUAGUGUCUGAAUUUUUCCAAUACUCCAUCCACACGAUCCUGUUCCAGCGCGGCGUCUACCCUGCCGAAGACUUUACCGCAGUCAAGAAAUAUGGCCUGAACAUGCUGGUCUCCGCAGACGACCAGGUCCGCGCCUACAUCAAGAAGAUCAUGGGCCAGCUCGACCGCUGGAUGGCCGGCGGCAAGAUCAGCAAGCUCGUCCUCGUCAUCACCGACAAGGACACGGGCGAACACGUCGAGCGCUGGCAGUUUGACGUCCAGAUCAUGGCCGGCGCCAAGACCAAAAAGUCCAAGUCUUCUUCUGCUGCUACUGCUGCUGCUGCCACCGCCACCGAGACCGACAAGGAGAACGGACAGAAGCAGGCCCCCGAGAAGGAAAAGACCGAGGCCGAGAUUCAGGCCGAGAUCGCCGCCAUUUUCCGCCAGAUCACCGCCUCCGUCACCUUCCUGCCACAGCUGGCUGGCGACUGCACCUUCAACGUCCUCGUCUACGCCGACGCCGACAGCGACGUCCCUGUCGAGUGGGGCGACAGCGACGCCAAGGAGAUCGAGAACGGCGAACGUGUCCAGCUGCGCGGCUUCAGCACAUCCAGCCACCGUGUCGACACGCUCGUGAGCUAUCGCUUGACCGACUGA